AUGCCAUUUAAAUUUCAUAAAUUAAAACAAUUCUUCAUGUCUGCCAAGCCACAAAAUCUUGACGACGGUAGUUUGAUACUCAAUCCAAAAGCAGCUCACAAAUAUUCCUUGAUAUGGGUAGCAGAAAUAAUCAUAACAAUUAGAUGCAUGGCUUAGGAGAUACCGCAUAUGGAUUCUUAGAUGUUUUUUAGCAAAUGCCAGUAGUAAAAGCAGAAACCAAAGUGCUCUUGCUUUAAGCUCCAUAAAGAGCAGUGACAAUAAAUAUGGGGAUGAAAUUCUCAAGUUGGUUUGAUAUCAAAGUGCUUAAGGCAGAUGCAAAUAUUGAUCAAUUCGUUUAAGAUUUUCAGAAAGUAAUGACUAACCAAUAAUGUAGACUGUCUCCAUGGAAGAAAUAGAAGAUUCUAAGAAAAUAAUCACAAAUUAUUUGGACCAAGAAGUGAAAUUAGUUUCAGCUAAAAAUGUAUUUAUCGGUGGAUUUUCUUAAGGAUGCUGUAUGGCUUUGGAAACAGCAUUCAGCUAUCCACAACAACUAGGAGGGAUAGUGGGCUUGUCUGGUUAUUUGUUCCCAACCACUUAAAUUAAUGAGUUCUAAAAAGAGACCCCCAUAUUGCUCGUUCACGGUGAAAAAGAUCAGAUGAUCCCAUGCAAUUUAUCAAAAAUAAGCUAUUAGAGAUUGGACAACUCAAAGAGACAAAUGUUUAAUCUUCAUGUGAUUCCAAGGAUGGGUCAUGAAGUUCCAAUGCCUGUUAUUAAGGCAAUGAUGGAUUUCUUCUAGAAUGCAUAGAAAUGAAAUGAAUUAUUCUUGAACAAUUAAACAUUAUUAAAAAAGAAUAAGC